GGACUGCAACCAUCCCAGGUUCAACCACAAAAUACCAGCAAACCUUCGUCAAGCGUCACACCAGUGGGCAGCAGCAUACAAGGCGGAAACCACUCCAGAAUGGCUGCUAUUGAUUUAGUAUUCUUGGUUGAGGGCUCUGAUGCAGUGAAUGACUCUCUUUUAAGCACAAUGUUUGAUAUUGUGAAAGACAUUUUAACUCGGUUUCCAGUAUCAAUAAACAGGACACACGUGGCAGUAGCAGUUUACGCUGCAGAAACAAAGAUAGUUGUAAAUCUGAAUGACAUCUACAACAGCGGUAAAAUUAAGGAGGCGUUAGACUCAGUGAAAAAACCGAAUGGUUAUAACUUGGCUGGUAAAGCUCUUAAAACGGUCAAAACUGAUAUCUAUGACAAAACUGGAAGAACAGGUGCUGUGUCACGUGUUCUUUUACAUAUAAUGUGCAGUGAAUCACUUGAUGACGUCAUCCUGCCUGCUAAAGAUCUGAGGGAGGAAAGGGUAAAAAUAAUAGCUGCGGGUGCCUGUCCUGAAGUCAAGAAAGCGGAACUUUGCAGCAUUGGUAGUCCUCCCUUGUGUGAUAACUCAGUCUUAAUACAAACAUUCCAGCCACCCUCUUCUCCAGGCAGGGAACUGGCAGAUCGACUGAAAAAAGGUUCGUCAGCACUUUCAAGUCACAGGAAGGGCAAGAUAUAUGCGACGUCAAAAUGCAUCUAGAUCCCAUGAAUUUUUUGUUCUUUGCUAGUUAUAUGUUAUCAGACUGUAACCAUCAUUAAAAAAUUCAUCUAAUUAACUAAUAAAUCGUUCCUGUCAAGUAGUCGAUCAUGUUAUUGUUCUAAUUAUUUUUAACUGUUACAUAUAGGUGUUCCAGUUGAAAAUGUUACCCAGCCUUGGACAGGUGAGGUAUAUAAAUGUUCCUUUGCUUGCUUAGCAAUGCAAACUGGUAAAAACCUUAUUCCUGUCGAACAGUCAAUAAAUCAUGUUAUUGUUCCAAUUAUUCUUGAUUUUUAAAUCUAGGUGUUCCAGUAAAAAAUGUUACCCAGCCUUCGACAGGUGAGAUGUAUAAAAUGUGCAUUUUCAAGCAUUGCAAAACUAGUAAAAAUCUUAAAUAGAGAGCUGUGGUUUGUAUGAAAAAAUGCGAUUACAAUGUGGUAUAAGCAUGCUAUAUUGUCAUUACUAUAUCAUUAUCAUCGUCUUUUCAACAUCAUCAUCAUCAUCAUCAUCAUGGCCGUUGUCGUCGUCGUCAUCAUCAUCAUCAUCAUCAUCAUCAUCAUUGUUAUUAUUAUUUAUUAUUAUUUUUAUAUUGUGGAUUCUCUGGCUUAAAAGGUUUACAUUGCCUAGUAAAUUACCACUGGGAGCAAGAAAAAAAAAGGUCCUAAAGGUACCAAAGGAGUCCUUACAUUUGAGUCCCUAAAUAGCCUAAAAUUUCCGUAAUAUUCCAGCCUUUCCCAACAGAAUCGCUUUCUGGAUCACUUCAAGUGUGAUGGUAACGUUAAGCUUUCCCGCAUAUUUCUCAAACAUAUCGGAAACAGCGCCUAAUGCUCUGUCCACAAUUGGGACAACCGUCACUUUCUUCAGCUUCCACAACUCUCCUAUUUCUUCUGGAGGAAAUUGGAACUCCUCUAUUUCCUCCACUUCCUUGUUUUUUACUCGUGCAUCUCCAGGGACAGCGAUGUCUAUGAACUUAGCCUCCUCACACCUACUGGUGGCCUUGUUCCCGAAAGCAUCAAGUUCUAUCUUAUAGCCUUGUGUCUCUAGGGUCCUCUUAGAAUCUUAGGUGUUUCUUACAAACAAGCUCCCUGAAACAAUGCAAUGAUACCAGGUGUUCCCAGCUCUAUGGUCCACAUCCUUAAGUGUUUUCUUAUAGUAUCAAGACCUCCAAUUACAGUAGGGAUGACAGGUACACUUCUCCAAUUCCAGAUCUUUUACAGAUAGUAGUCGAUGGAUACUCCGGUUCUUUUUCUGCUACCCGUGUAUCAAAAGAGCAAGCAACAUAGGCAAUGAAGCACACCCUUCCCUCCUUUGCGAGCACUAAAACAUCAGGUCUUAUGAUGUCUAAAUGGCCAUUAUCUGUCUGAAUUCUGAAACCCCACAGUAAUUACACUUGGUCAUUUUCCAUCACGGCCCCUGGAGAAUGGUCAUACCUGGUUUCGUUGCGCCGCAGAUUAAAUUCAUUGCAAAGAUUUCAGUGGAAAACUUGAGAAACCUUGUCGUGUCUCCAGGUUUUAUACUGUUUUUGAGCUAAUUUCUUGGAUUCUGCAGUUAUAUUUGGCUAACAGUUUUCUCCCUUUCUCUGCACAGGCGACUCAUCGGUGAAACAUAUCUUGCGUGUCAAUUUUAUUAUUUAACUUUAAUAUUAUUAUUAUUAUUAUUAUNAAUUCAUUGCAAAGAUUUCAGUGGAAAACUUGAGAAACCUUGUCGUGUCUCCAGGUUUUAUACUGUUUUUGAGCUAAUUUCUUGGAUUCUGCAGUUAUAUUUGGCUAACAGUUUUCUCCCUUUCUCUGCACAGGCGACUCAUCGGUGAAACAUAUCUUGCGUGUCAAUUUUAUUAUUUAACUUUAAUAUUAUUAUUAUUAUUAUUAUUAUUAUUAUUAUUAUUAUUAUUAUAACUGUUAUUAUUGUUAUUAUAAUAAUCAACAGGACCAUUUCAACCAAACGUUCUUUGGCAUGGUUCCCCUGUACAGUCUAUGUUUCCUCUUGUGCCGGCACUCGUUCCUGUCCAUCCUCCUCAAGCACUACCUCCUGCUUCCAAUAUUUGGACCUACGAGAUUCCUAUUCAGCGCGAUCCCGUGGCUCCGGAUCCAUAUACAGUACACGAUGAUUCCUACUUGUACAGCCGUGAGUAAAAAGCUUCAUUUAGUUACAAAAUGAAAUGCUUUCGAAGAGUUUUUGGGUGGAAAAGUGCAAACAGGAAUAUAACUUGUUUGUUUGUUUGUUUGUUUUUUAAUAUACAUAAUUUAAAACGUCCUUAUUUCGGGCGAACCUCAUGCGAGCCAGCACACUAUUCUCUACAAAUAUAGCGGGAAAAAGCCAAAAUUUGUUGGACGGAAGAUCAGAACCAUGCGCGAGUAGAUUGGUUUUCUUAUUUCCGGGUAUUCACUCCUGUGCGAUGACAUCUAUAUCACCUAAAACGAACGUGAACGAGGUCGAGAGAUUUAGAGUGCAAGUAGAUUACAAACGAGGUGAGUGAUUGGUAAUUGCUUUCAUUUUUUCUAUUUUCGAGAUGUCUUUAUUUGCUUGAGGAAGUAUUCAUCAAGGUCUCGAUCCAGAGCGUGUUAGUGAUGAAUCUCGAGGAAGACGAGAGAUUUAUUGUGUUCGGCAGCUCUUUUUGUCGAUUCCCGAAUAAAUGACGAUGCUAAGAUAUCGAUCAAAUCUUCCACCAUGGAGAUAGUUCAUUCAGCAGAAGUGAUGUGCCAUAAGCAAAAAACUCUGGUCUUGGCAGAAAACAUAAGCCAGCUUUGCGUCUAAAGCAACUACGGUUCCACCAUGCAAUUAAUCAAAUUAUUCUUCGCCCAUUGAUCGUUGUGUUGAAAUCUCUGCCCGUUGAGCUAAAUAAUCAGCUGACAAUUUGACCAAAACGUGUAUCGCUCUUUGAAACUAACCCUUGGCUAACCAUUCAAAUGUAAAAUCAUUUGGCAAGCGCAGGCUACCGUCGGCUCCAAUUGUUUUAAAACCUUUAAGUCAAAAGAAAUUAAAGCUUUUCGAGCACCCCAUUAAACCAGUUAAUAUCUAUGCGUCGAUAUCUCCGCACCUCAAUUCGCGAAUCGGCAAACAUUUUAGACAUAGUAGAGCAGCUAACACAAAAAAAUAGCAUAUCUGCCUCGGGAUUCAUCACUUAAAUGUUUUUGAUCUCGAUGAAAUUAUUUCCAUAGGACGAAAAUAAAGAAAUCUUAAAAAUAUAAAAAAGCAAUUACUGAAAAUGUAGGCCUCGUUUAUCACCCAGAUCAUCUGCUUAAACUCUGGAAAUUAGCCUGCAUAACAGGCGCUUUAUGAGCCAAGCGCGAAGCGUAGAAAUUUGCGGGCUGGAAAUUUACUACAAAGGCUUUUCAUUUUAUACAUCCUCACUUUAUUUAUUUUCAAACUGUAUUCUCCUUAUUGUCUUCCAGCGCUGACGCCAGCACUAACUUUCAGAUUGAAACUCCUAGUUCUGCCCUAUUUUGUCUUUUUUGUACUUUUUGUCUUACGUUUUCAUUUGAAGCCUUUUCACAAUCAAUGUGAAAACAACGUAAUUUAUCCCCGUGAUCUCGAUCAGUUCAUCAUUGUUGGUACUCUGUCAGUAUCAGAGUGUGGAGCGUGGCUUCAUCCCCUCCACCCUGAUGGCUUUUUGUAUAAAAAAUCUUACUUUUAAUGCUACGUGGCAUACAUAUGUUUUAUUGUUGUUUAAUAUUCAUUAUUUCUCAGCUGCCUGUGUAGAUUAUGAUCCAGCGUGUUCUGGAUAUAUUGGAAUCAGUGGGUAUUGUGAUGGUCCGGCAAUUGGCUACAGUCAUGAUUAUUUGAUGAAAAUGUGCAAAAAAAGCUGCGGUCUCUGUAAAACGUAAGUUUGAUGGUUCUCUGAUGUGCACUGAUUUAACCCUUUAAGCCCUAAAAGUGUUCAGCGUCAAAUUUCUCCAUGUAAUAUCACUGCUUUAUAAAACAGAGUGGUCAUGAGAAUUAAGGACAUGAUCACACAAGAUGAAUCUAAAUUGAUACUUCAACAAAUUCUCCCCACUAUUUCUACUGAAAAAGUAUAGGAAUUACAAAUGAGAAUUAGAAUUUUGAUGUUAGGGUUUAAAGGGUUAACGAAAGUAGCUUCUAAUUUAUCACAAUCCUGAAUUGAAGUUCUCCCCGGCCUGCGCAUGCCCUCGCCACUAUUUUUGAGUUUUGAACACUGAGGAGGUGAAAUUCAUUUUCACCGUUAUUGGGCGCCAGUACUGUGCGAAAGAUAAGUUAGGUGUUAAACUGAUUCCGGUCAUUUUGGGGCGAAACAAAAUAAAAGCCCUCCAACAGAUGCCACAAUAAAAAGUAUUUCAGAGUUCACCACAAUGAGCAUAACCAGCACAAGUACAAUUUGUGAGCCUUUAAAUGAAGGUUUUUCGAGCACCCCAUCAUUUUUAUUAUAGAGUCGUUGGGAACGGUAAUAUAGCGAGAGACGAUUUCCUAAGCAUUUGUCACUUUAGGAGUGAGAAUUAAACAGGGCAGAGUUUACUAUCGCAAAGACUUCUGGGACUGUUAAUAGGGGCGGGGGAAAUUUGUCGAAUAGUUGACCACCGCGUCCCCAAAAACGAUUCCGGACUAAAAUACAGUUUAGUUUCGUGUGUGGCGCACGGCAGGCUAGAACAUUCCGCACCUUUGAUUAUUUCGAUUCGGUUUACUUACAUUACUGCCUGCAUCUUUCUUUUCAUUGCAGAGAUAAAGACUACUUAUCAGAAGGGUUAUGGAUAAAGAAAACUGUUCUCCCUAAAAUAACACGUCAACAACGUAAACCAAAGAGUGGCAGAAACUAG